GGUUGGGAGGCGCGCCAGACCAAAGCAUGGGGCGCAGGUGGCGGGGAGAAGGCGGCGACAUUUCUACCUCUUCGAUGCAGGAGGAAGUUGACAUCGGCACAGGAGGCUUGCAAAGUGAAAGUCCUUCCCUGGGGACGCGCCGCCCAGCCGGGAAACUCCAGGCUACAAACCUCAUCGGGCAUUUCCGCAUUGCUCCAAAAUGGAAGCGGAAAGUUGACUUUUGUUUUUGUUGGUUCUGGUUAAAGAGAGAGGAGGCAGGAGAGAUGGGAAUGGCCGGAUCGUCGCUGCCUGGCGCUGCUGGUGGCAACCCGACGCUGCUUCCAGUGGCUUGUUAACUGCACAACGUCCCACACUGUCACUGAACCGGAGUGCAACACCAAAGCCAGCGUCGUGAUCUCCCAACAUGCCCAGUGGGAGAACUCUGGACGAAUUUGCUGUGCCCGAGGCGGCACAGGAGAUGAUGACCCAGCACCGUCCUCGAAUCGAGCAGCUUUUUGGGGUCGAGUUGAAUGUCCUGGGGGUUUUGGGGUCAGCACAGAGCCCCAGUGGGGAACCCCAGGCGGCAAGGAAGAUAUGGCUGCAGCUACAGGGACAUGGAGAGAAUCUGCAACGGGCAAAGGAAUACAUCAAAGGUCUUUGUGCCCCGGAGCUGAGCAUGGAGGUGAACUACCCUAAAGACAUGGAGUGCAUAUUUCUAGGGGCGCGCAGUUUGUUCCUGGACUGCCUCACUCAAGGGACCUCUGCUAACAUCACUCUGCUCCACCCUGGGACCCUGUUAAUUUCUGGCUUGGCUGAAGCCUUUGUCAUGGCCCAGAGCCGGAUCCAGGAGUUUGUGGGGAAACACCAGAAGAACUCCAGGCUGCCCCUAGAGCAGGAGGCCCAGGUCAAGAGGGCCUUCCGGAAGCUGGUGGAGAGCUUCGACGACAAACAUACUAUGGAUCUCCUGCUCCUGCCUACCUCAGUUAAGGAGGACUUGCUUAGCUUGGUGAAGGAGAUUCAGGAAGAAGCCAGGGAGCAGAGGCAAAGGAAUGGGUGUUGGACACAGCCCGCUUUGGGGCAGGACCGGUUGCUGGGGUGGGAGCUUGAAACGGGGGGAGGCAGCGGGCCUCAGUCUCUGAGUAGAUCUCAAAGUACCCUCGGCAUGCAUGGUAGAGUGCAAGAGCAGGGUAAACUCGGAGACUCUGGUGUCGACGUGUCUGUGGGCUUUGCUAGGCCUCAGGAAUCUCCUCAUAAGCCCCAAGAUUCUACCCAGCCACAUCAUCCUGUUCGACCCAGAGAUGUUAGGGCCGAUGUGCCUAUCGUGGCUGGUAGGCCUCAAGACCAAACGCCACCUCACGUGUCAAGGAUGGAUUUGCCCAGAGACUUUGCUGAGGCUGAAACGCACACUAUACCUCAGGGCGUUCCAACUGGCUUGAACAGUUCACAGGGAUGGGAUGGACCCAAGAGCUCCCCGCAGCCCAUUCCAUCCGUAAAACCUCGGAUCCUUCCCGGUCACCAAGGCCUACAAGAGGCCUUGGCGCACCUGCAAGAGCAAGGGAGGAACACUGUCCAUGCCAAAGAAUCAAGCGCUGUUAGCUUGCCUGAGGAAAGCAGCGAGGAAGAGCAGGAGACAUCCGACGUCCUCCUGUCAUCGUGGACGGAGAAGGAGUUCAGAAUGAGGCUGAACUUCUUUAAAACCAUGGGCUAUGAGGAGCGGGUUGUCAAGAAGGUCCUCUUGGAGGGUGGGGUACAGGAGGCCCCUUCGACUAUUUUGGACAGGGUCCAGAUGGAAGAGGCUGGCUUGUCCCAGAAAGAUGUCGCCCUCCCCCAGAAAGAACCCAGCGGAAGAGAGCACUCUCCCCCUCCACAGGGAAAGAGCCAGGAUGAAUUUGAAUACCUCAGGGAAGUUAUCAAAGCAGCAGUGGCCAACUGCGGGCACUCACCCAGUGAGAUUCCAGCAGAGAUAGAGACAGGAGUCCCAUUGGCAGGCCUGCUUUGGCGGCUCAAUGAGAAAGGCCAAGAUGAAGCUGAGGGGGCCUCAGCAAUAAAGCCGGAACUUGGAGAGCAGCCUGGUGUCCGGAGGGAAGCCAUCUUGAAUCAUGAAGCAUCUUCGCAGCAGAGGUCUUCUCCGGAGAGAGCGAAGAACAAUGGGUCCCCUUUCCGUGAGGGUACCCACGUCCCACUCCCGACACAUCUCCCAGUUCCUGCUUUCUCUCCGGAUUUGUCUCCCAGUGUCAAUUCUUUGUUUUCCACAUUGGAUUCUGGGGAGAAUGUGUCAACAGAAAGCACCAGCUUACGGCCUCUCAACCGUGGCUCUGUUUCUACGGUGACCGGAGCCCAGCGCUUUGAGGAGGCGCUCCAGACCCAGUUCAAGCUCAAAUUGGCCAACACCCCAGGAAAGAAGAACCUACGGAGAGUCAUCAUUGAUGGCAGCAACGUGGCCAUGAUGCAUGGUCUGAACCAAUUUUUCUCCUGCCGGGGCAUCGCACUGGCUGUUCAACAUUUCUGGGACCGUGGACACCGAGAAGUGACCGUCUUGGUACCUGCACAUCGGAUGGAAGAAGAUCCCAAUGUAAGAGAACAGCACUUCCUGGUCGAGUUGCAUGACCUGAGCAUCCUCUCGGUCACUCCAUCACGCAAAAUAGAUGGGAAAGGCAUUGUGCCAUAUGACGACAGGGUCAUGCUUCAGCUGGCGGAAAAGACCAAUGGUGUGAUCGUCACCAACGACCAGUUCCGGGAUCUUGCAAAGGAGUCAAAAAGAUGGAUCCGGAUCAUUAAGGAGAGUCUGCUGCAGUACAUCUUCGUGGGGAACAUCUUUAUGGUUCCUGACGAUCCUCUGGGACGAGGUGGGCCCUACAUAGAGGACUUCCUGAAGCAAAACUCCAGGACCAAGGCACCAAACUGCCACUCCUUCUCUGGCCGAAUGGCACCGGCGCCAGUACCUGUCCGCCCUGCCUCACAGACCGAGGUCCUUAAUCUACGAGACAGGAGGCCCCCUGGCGGCUUGACCAGGGAUCGAUGGAGGCGGCCUCAAGAUGACAUCGUGGAGAAGGAGGAGGAGACACUUCGGCCUACGUCAGAGACCGAACGGCUGAGGAGAGACCUUUUGGAGAUCUUUGUUGGCCAGGAGCGGAGGGUUGAUUUUGUACUCAUGAGGGACCCUUGCUGCUGUGACCUCAAUAAGCUCUCAGAGGCUGUUCUCAACAUCUCUUUCUGAGCCAACUAACUUCAUCCAUUUCUCCCUCCCACAAAAUGUGGGUGCAUUAAUGCAGCUGCUCCUGGUAUGAGCUUGAACUUCAGUGCAUUGGUAGCAAAAAUGAGUCACAGCAUCUGUAAACGUGACGGGGAAUACAGAAAACAACUUUUGUUAUUUAAUUCUGAGCAGAACAUUAACCACUGCUGAUGCCCUUCCUACCAAAAUCACAGAGCCCUGAUGAUAGUGCUUCUCCCCCAUACUAUCCAGUACAAAAAAUGCUUGUCUCUUCUUACCGUGGCAUGAUGGAUGUUCAGUUCCAGACCAUGUGGAUUUUCAAGUGGCCUUGAUGGACCUCAGGGUUAAGUUAGUACAUAUUCUGAAGCUAGUUGAAGGGGUGCAAGUUAUACAUCAUGUGGUGGCACAAUCUCCUUUUGGAUGGCAUGUCUCCACUGUGAAUUUAAAUUGACUUAACUGUCAUGGCUCCCUCACCCCGCCAUCCCAGGGCAUUGUGGGAAUUGUUCUAAAAGAGGGGUUUCUUACAGGAUCCCCAGCAUUUAUAUAAUCCUCAGGGUACCUGGGCUGGAAACCAUAGCAAAUAAGUGAAUUCCAGACAAAUUUAUCUGAUUUAGACUGGGGAAAGUGUAGACUUUGUUUGGAGAACUAAUUGAAGGACCUCAGUGUUACCUUAGUCUUUUCCUUCCAGAUUAUGGAUGCAAUCGCUAUGGAUCAGGGAGGGACAGCAACACAAAACUAAGCAAAUUCUAUUUUAGAUUAUUGUCCAGAGCUCCAUGGCAAAUAUUUUUAUGUCCUUGUCCGGGAAGCAUUAUUGAUCAUGCUUUUGUGUUUUAAAAAUCAUUCUGGUUUCUAUUUAUUAUAUUCUUUUAGAAGUGCCUCCCAACAUCCAGUAAAUUCUUCAGUCAGUUUCAGGUGCCAGAUUUAUAUUUUUUCAAAAAAAGAAAUUAUUUUUCUCCUCCUAACACAGCCGGAGGAGGAAAACUCAAUAUGCUCUUUUUCUUAGAAAAUUGCAAAAAUUUCAGAUAUCCCAACGCAAAAAAAAAAAAAAAGGAUUUUUUUUUUUUUAAAAUUGGCUUUUCAGUAACUGGAGAAAUUGAACCUUUUUUUGAAAGCAAAGAGUGUCAUGCAUUUUCUGACCAAAGGCUUUUGGCUGUUUAAUAAUAAAAUUGUUGCUACUUAAUAAAAUUGGCUGUUUAAUAAUAAAGUUGUAAAAUACAGAAAAUGAUUGGAGCUGGA